CGGAGGGAGGCUGAGAAGACGCUGGAUGAACUGGAGCACAACUCGUUCAGGGGAGAGGUGGAGUGGUCAACUCUACCCAACUCCUGGCCUCCUGUCCCUGCCCCAUUCCUUCUGGGUUGAUUGACUUAUGUGCACUUUGGGAUACUGGCGUUUCCUUCCCUGCUGCAGGCUGGAAGAGAGCCUCUGGUAUCUCAAGAAGGAGGCUGAAUGAGGCAGAGACGCUGAGCUCUGUCCAGGAGGCCCAGUUAGAGCGGCUGGAGGCAGCAAGACCCCGCAAGCCGGGGAGCGGGGAACGGGGCCCAGUGCUGAGGAUGGCCAGGCAGCCGCCGCCGCCCUCGGUCCAUGCAGCCAUCCUGCUCUGCCUCCUCAGCCUCAGUGGGGCCAUCGAGAUUCCCAUGGAUCCAAGCAUUCAGAAUGAGCUAUCCCAGCCCCCAACCAUCACCAAGCAGUCAGUGAAGGAUCACAUCGUGGAUCCCCGUGAUAACAUCCUGAUUGAGUGUGAAGCAAAGGGGAACCCUGCCCCCAGCUUCCACUGGACUCGAAACAGCAGGUUCUUCAACAUCGCCAAGGACCCCCGGGUGUCAAUGAGGAGAAAGUCUGGGACCCUGGUGAUCGACUUCCGUAGUGGUGGGCGGCCCGAAGAAUAUGAAGGGGAAUACCAGUGCUUCGCCCGCAACAAAUUUGGCACGGCCCUGUCCAAUAGGAUCCGCCUGCAGGUGUCCAAGUCUCCCCUGUGGCCCAAGGAGAAUCUAGACCCAGUCGUGGUUCAAGAAGGUGCUCCCUUGACACUCCAGUGCAACCCUCCACCCGGACUUCCAUCCCCGGUCAUCUUCUGGAUGAGCAGCUCCAUGGAGCCCAUCACUCAGGACAAGCGUGUCUCUCAGGGCCACAACGGUGACCUGUAUUUCUCCAACGUGAUGCUUCAGGAUAUGCAGACAGACUACAGCUGCAACGCGCGCUUCCACUUCACCCACACCAUCCAGCAGAAGAACGCGUUCACCCUCAAGGUCCUCACCAACAACCCCUAUAAUGACUCGUCCUUAAGAAACCACCCUGACAUGUACAGUGCACGAGGAGUUGCAGAAAGGACACCCAGCUUCAUGUAUCCCCAGGGCACAGCGAGCAGUCAGAUGGUGCUGCGUGGCACGGAUCUUCUGCUGGAGUGCAUCGCCUCUGGGGUCCCCACGCCAGACAUCGCAUGGUACAAGAAAGGUGGGGACCUCCCAUCUGACAAGGCCAAGUUUGAGAACUUUAACAAGGCUCUGCGUAUCACCAACGUCUCCGAGGAAGACUCUGGGGAGUAUUUCUGCCUGGCCUCCAACAAGAUGGGCAGCAUCCGGCACACGAUCUCGGUGAGAGUAAAGGCUGCUCCCUACUGGCUGGACGAACCCAAGAACCUUAUCCUGGCUCCCGGGGAGGACGGGAGACUGGUGUGUCGAGCCAAUGGGAACCCCAAGCCCACUGUCCAGUGGAUGGUAAAUGGGGAACCGCUGCAAUCGGCACCACCCAACCCAAACCGUGAGGUGGCCGGGGACACCAUCAUCUUCCGGGACACCCAGAUCAGCAGCAGAGCUGUGUACCAGUGCAACACCUCCAACGAGCAUGGCUACCUACUGGCCAACGCCUUCGUCAGCGUGCUGGACGUGCCACCCCGGAUGCUGUCACCCCGGAACCAGCUCAUUAGGGUGAUCCUGUACAACCGGACACGGCUGGACUGCCCAUUCUUUGGGUCUCCCAUCCCCACACUCCGCUGGUUUAAGAACGGGCAGGGAAGUAACCUGGAUGGUGGUAACUACCACGUCUACGAGAAUGGCAGUCUGGAAAUCAAGAUGAUCCGCAAGGAGGACCAAGGCAUCUACACCUGUGUCGCCACCAACAUCCUGGGCAAAGCUGAGAACCAGGUCCGCCUGGAGGUCAAAGACCCCACCAGGAUCUACCGGAUGCCUGAGGACCAGGUGGCCAAAAGGGGCACGACGGUGCAGCUGGAGUGUCGGGUGAAGCACGACCCCUCCCUGAAGCUCACGGUCUCCUGGCUGAAGGAUGAUGAGCCUCUCUACAUAGGAAACAGGAUGAAGAAGGAAGACGACUCCCUGACCAUCUUUGGCGUGGCUGAGCGGGACCAGGGCAGUUACACAUGUGUUGCCAGCACUGAGCUGGACCAGGACCUGGCCAAGGCCUACCUCACCGUGCUAGCUGAUCAGGCCACUCCAACUAACCGUUUGGCUGCCCUGCCCAAAGGACGGCCAGACCGACCCCGGGACUUGGAGCUCACUGACCUGGCUGAGAGGAGUGUGAGGCUGACCUGGAUCCCAGGGGAUGAUAACAACAGCCCCAUCACAGACUACGUCGUCCAGUUUGAAGAGGACCAGUUCCAGCCAGGGGUCUGGCAUGACCAUUCCAAGUUCCCAGGCAGUGUCAACUCUGCCAUCCUCCAGUUGUCCCCAUAUGUCAACUACCAGUUCCGGGUCAUCGCCAUCAACGAGGUGGGCAGCAGCCAUCCCAGCCUCCCCUCUGAGCGCUACCGGACCAGCGGGGCGCCCCCUGAGUCCAAUCCCGCCGACGUAAAGGGAGAAGGGACCAGAAAGAACAACAUGGAGAUCACUUGGACGCCCAUGAACGCCACCUCUGCCUUUGGCCCCAACCUGCGCUACAUCGUCAAGUGGCGGCGGAGAGAAACUCGAGAGACGUGGAACAACGCCACAGUGUGGGGCUCCCGCUACGUGGUGGGCCAGACCCCCGUCUACGUGCCCUAUGAGAUCCGAGUCCAGGCCGAAAAUGACUUUGGGAAGGGCCCUGAGCCAGACACUGUCAUCGGUUACUCCGGGGAAGACUAUCCCAGGGCUGCACCCACUGACGUUAAAAUCCGAGUCCUGAACAGCACAGCCAUCAGUCUCCAGUGGAACCGCGUUUACCCUGACACAGUCCAGGGCCAGCUCAGAGAGUACCGAGCCUACUACUGGAGGGAGAGCAGCUUGCUGAAGAACCUGUGGGUGUCUCAGAAGAGACAGCAAGCCAGCUUCCCUGGUGACCGCCCCCGCGGCGUGGUGUCCCGCCUCUUCCCCUACAGUAACUACAAGCUGGAGAUGGUCGUGGUCAAUGGGAGAGGCGAUGGGCCUCGCAGUGAAACCAAGGAGUUCACCACCCCGGAAGGAGUACCCAGUGCCCCCAGACGUUUCCGAGUCCGGCAGCCCAACCUGGAGACAAUCAACCUGGAAUGGGAUCAUCCGGAACACCCCAAUGGGAUCCUGAUCGGAUACACUCUCAAAUAUGUGGCUUUUAAUGGAACCAAAUUAGGAAAGCAGAUAGUGGAAAACUUCUCUCCCAAUCAGACCAAGUUCACGAUGCAAAGAGCAGACCCCGUGUCGCGCUACCGCUUUACCCUCAGUGCCAGGACGCAGGUGGGCUCUGGGGAAGCAGUCACAGAGGAGUCACCAGCACCCCCAAAUGAAGCUACUCCAACAGCAGCUCCUCCCACGUUGCCCCCGACCACGGUGAGUGUGACGGGCGUUGUGAGCAGUACAGACGCUACUGCCACCGCUGCCACCACCGAAGCCACAACAGUCCCCACCAUCCCAAGUGUCGCACCUACCACCAUGGCCACCACCACCGUCGCCACAACUACAACCACUGCCGCCACCACCAUGGAGAGGCCUCCCACCACCACCUCCGAGACUAAGAUGCCCGAAUCCGCCCCCGACAGGCAGUCCAUAUGGAACGUCACGGUGCUCCCCAACAGUAAAUGGGCCAACAUCACCUGGAGACACAAUCUCGGGCCCGGAACUGCCUUUGUGGUUGAGUACAUCGACAGCAACCAUACGAAAAAAACUGUCCCUGUUAAGAGCCAGGUCCAGCCCGUACAGCUGACAGACCUCUAUCCCGGGAUGACAUACACGUUGCGCGUUUAUUCCCGGGACAAGGAGGGCAUCAGCAGUACCGUCAUCACCUUUAUGACCAGUACAGCUUACACCAAUAACCAGGCAGACAUCGCCACCCAGGGCUGGUUCAUUGGGCUCAUGUGUGCCAUCGCCCUCCUGGUGCUGAUCCUGCUCAUCGUCUGCUUCAUCAAGAGGAGUCGAGGUGGCAAAUACCCAGUGCGAGAAAAGAAGGAUGUUCCUCUUGGCCCCGAAGACCCCAAGGAAGAGGAUGGCUCCUUUGACUACAGUGACGAGGACAACAAGCCCCUGCAGGGCAGCCAGACGUCCCUCGAUGGCACCAUCAAGCAGCAAGAGAGCGACGACAGCCUGGUGGACUAUGGCGAGGGUGGCGAGGGGCAGUUCAAUGAGGAUGGGUCCUUCAUCGGCCAGUACACGGUCAAAAAGGACAAAGAGGAGACAGAGGGCAAUGAAAGCUCAGAGGCCACAUCGCCUGUCAACGCCAUCUAUUCUCUGGCCUAACGGAGCCCUCCUGCCGCCCAGGGCGCAGCCUCUACUUUGCAAGUGGGAGGAAGGGAGAGGGGGAGACGAAGCCACCGCAGACCUACCACACAGCCUCCACCGCCUUCAGGGACCAGGGUACAACACGGGGGUCUGCCGAGCUGUGAGGACCAGUGACCACCCAGCCAACCGCAAGCCCCCUCCCGAUGACCCCCUGCACCCUCCGAGGUGCCACCAUGUGGGAGAGCUAGAGUCCUGGCUAAGGUCAGCCAGAGAGAGUCCAGCCCUUUGCUCAGCCUCACAGCCACCUUGAGCCUUCCACCCCCACUGCCCACCCUUGACCUCGGCACACACACUCCCCCGUUUCUGUUGGUCAUGGCCCUUCACGUUAUCUUCAUAUUUGCUUUGUGGGUCCCCCCCAUCCAGACCCAGCAUCUCCAUUUUCUUUUCCUUUUGAAGAAAUGUCCCUGGACAAAGAAAAAAAAAUAGGUGGAUUCUCCCCCAGAGAGGCAGAAGGAUUGACCUGUAAAAGAACUACCUAGAAAAGCUGUUAGUAUUCAAACCGCCAGUGGGCCAGUGUAUUUCCGAAGGAUGCCUUUCUCGCCAGAUGCCUCCCGUGCCCCCAACCCAUUCGCCUUGGCCUUGUCCGUUGCUGAGCUGGGCUUGGCUCCUUUCUGGAAAAAUGACAGUAUUUUUGGCAGGGAGACAGCAGGCAGGCCCCCUUGCCUCGCCUGGUUCAGUCGGGAGGUGGGCCUACCUCUUGCUCCUUGCUCUCACCCGGCCACUUCCUCCAGAGUGCCCAAGACGAGAGCUGCGCCGGCUCUGCAGAAGGGGUCUGAGGAAGAGGUGUGGGCGCUGAUGGGGAAGGGCCGUGUCCCACCCGCAGUGGCUGUGUACCUCCAGCAGAAGGGGACCAGCCGUCUGGUCCCUGGGGAGCUGUGCUCACCUCAGAAGAGAAGGAAAGAGUUGGGUUUGGACUUCCUUCCUCCCCGUCGGUGAACCCAGGAUGUGGGAGCAAGGACCAUGCCUGCUGCCUCCAGGGUAGAGGGUGUCCCCGACCUGGUCAGGGAUCUGCACAGCUACCCUCGUGGAGACGGAACCAUGCAAUGCAGAAGCUCUGCUGGUGUGUUUGGGGGUGUAAGGUGCUGCUCCCCCUUUCAUCUCUAGCAGAGAGCAUCUCCUUGGGCAGUUCUGUAAGGCGCUGAUACUUGUGUUUCACACAGUGUGUGGAUCGGGGCUCUGCCACCCCUCCCCCCCAGGACUAAACCAGUGUGUCCCCUCCUCUGGGUAUUCACAUAUCAGGAGAGCCCGUGGGAACACCACCCCGACCGCGCUGUGGAGCCUGGCCUGGGGACCCCGUGCCCUCCGUAUGCCUUAUGCAGCUCUGAUGUGGCCCUGCAGCUUCCCAGGUUCCCAGCCCCUGCCUGCAAGCCUCGAAGCCUCCAGCGACGUCUGUCUCCAGGAGAGGGAGGCGGCCCGCUCAAGUGUCCCUGCAGGACCAGAGCAGCCACUGGACACGUGCCCUGCAACCCAUUGUCCCAGACGGAGACCUUCACAGACUGCAGCUCUCAGAGACCCAAGGCGCGGGCUUCAUCCUCCCCACCUAAUCCAGUUUUGAAACCAAAGGUACCUAGCCUCAGAGAGAUCUUGAGCCGAAGAGCAACCCGAUAGCUGUUGCUGCGGCUAGAGUCGGUUUCGGGAGGGUGAAGCUGACCCCUGGUACCGGACUGCCUGCCACAGGCCCAGCCUCUGAUUGGAGCCUCGAGCUACUUGCCGGGGAGCCUGGGCAGGAACGGGGCUGUGUCCUUCAGAGACUCGAUUAAAGCAUCAUUUGCCACACGUUUAAGCCACAAAGGUAUUAGCAGUGCUUGCAUCACUCAAUAAUCAGUCAGUUGAAGGCAAGCCCAUAGACACGUGUGCUCGGUCUGCAGGUAAGAAACCAUAGGCCAGAGCUGAGCCGAUUAUGUUGUUUGAACCUGAGAGCAGGUAACUGUCCUUUGGCCCAGGCCAGGGGCCCGAGGGGCAGCUCUCUCAUGGUGAAAGGGGACAGGGUGAAUGACGGGGGGCCAGGAGAGAGCUCGGGGUCCCCCACCCUGGCUCUCCUCUGACACCUGCUUGGAUACAGCUGGGAAUUCCUGCAGCCUAUGCCCAGCAUCCCUCAAGGAAAUGUCAGGGAAGUGUGCCUGUAAACUGAAUUAAAGGACCGGACUUUCCAGGAAACACAUCUAAGCAGAGCAGCAGCCAGUGUCCCAGGCCCUCACCCCAUGCUACACCAUACACACUAGUGAGCUCCUUGCACCACAUACGGGCUCAGAGGGUGAGAGGACUAUGCGCCGUCAUGGUACCCGUGCCCCUGCCACCCAACCAAGGACCGCAGAAGGGGCUUCUGCUACUGUGGGGUCUUGGGGGAAGCGAUUCCUCAGCCCGUGUGCUCCUCGUUUGUGUCCUGCCAGCUCUGAGCCACCCCCCGCUCCGCGUAAAAAGGCAGUGCCAGCAGCCACGUGGAGAGGCUGUGGUGUGAGGACACUGAGCACCACCCCCCAACCCCCGGCCCCCGCAUCACAGCCCUCCCGGCAAGCAAGAGCCAACGGAGCCUAGAGAACCAGUUUUCCCCCAAGCAGAGAGGCUUAGAGAGCUGUGUGGAUUGCAGGGUUAGGGAGCAGCCCUUCCAGGAAGAGGAAGCCCGUUUCCCAUGAGCCCCGGCCAGAGCCCACACAACACAGCUUAGCAGGAAAGCAGUAUUGUCCCGCACUCCCUGCCAGCUGGGGCUCUUCAGCAGCCACCGGAAAACACACCAACCCUGGUGCCAGGAGACGGUGACACUGUUGGUGCUUCUGCCUGCCUGGCUCUUGGGGGGGGUGUGGGUCAUCUUGGAGUGACCCUAGACAUCCCACUUGCCAUGCUCAGCCCCAAGGGCUGUGGCUUCCUGUGCUCCCGUUUGUCCACUCAUGGGCCAGGAGAUACUCUUGAACACCGAGUCUGAGCCAUAGUCAGGUGCAGCCCUGCCCUCCCAGGGCUGGCAGUCCUGGAGCUGAGAGCCGGGAUACAGUGGACAUCGAUUAGGAGCACCCUGCGUGCUUAAGCCCUCAGUGGCUCCAGGCGCAAAGGGAGAAGCUUCAGGGAGCAUGUGUGGUCCACAAAGCUGAGCGAGACGGGGUGGUCAGAGCCUGCAGCUGGGGCUGAGGACCAGUCCUGCUUCCUGAGCCUCUUUGCUCUGCCCCUUGGGGCAAGUUGCUUAACCUGUCUGUAUGUUGGUACCUCUGCCUCCCUGACGUAGUCUCUCCUUUGACUACCUCUCCCCACAGAGGGGCAAGAGCCCACCCAAAGGAGCAGGGAGGCCAAUCUCUGAGGACAGCACCGCAGGGCCCAGGGGCAGCUGCCUCCCACCUUGCCUGGCUUUUAGUGAACGGAACCCAUCAUUCCCUGAGGUUCAGUUUAAGGGCAAACCAGGUCUUUCCUUUGUCCAUUGCCUCUGCCCUGGGAGGUGGGAGGCAUCUGGUCCACCUCCUUCCUGGCAAGUCCCAAGGUCUGGAGAAGUGCCCGCCUGUCCGAGAGGCAGCCAGUGCCAACGCUGCUCACCCUGCUAGGGGUAUCUGCAACCUGGGCCAGAUACUGCUUUCAUAGUUUCCCCGAACGCAGCCGUAGAAAAGGGUUGAGGAUAUGUGUGGGCUUUCCAGUGAAGGGGCUGUCUCCCCUGCCCACACCCAGCACCCACGCAUGGCCAUAUCCACACGAGCGCACACACAGCACGGAGGGUGCUUUCAGGGGGGCACAAUACAGAUUAUGACAUUGCCUUAGGGUGAAUUCAUGCCCUGACCCGCUUGAGAUGAGAUGUGAAGGGCUGCAUGGGGUGCAGUGUGGCAUUUGGGGUUGGAGGGCAAACAGGCUGCCCAGGUUGGACCCCAUUUGGGUGAUUCGUGCAGGCAGGUCUGAGAGAGGGUCUGAUCAUGAAAGAGAGGGAACCUUCCCCAGGAACAGCCGUAGGACGGAAGGAGUAAGCAUUUAACACACUUUGCCUCAGUCUUAUUAGGCUGCAUCACCUAACACUGAAGUGGGGGGGCUCCUCAGGCUGUCAUGGGAGGGCAGCACGUUCCUUGGAUGCUGGCACAGAGCAUGCUCCCCAUCCAUGACACCUUGGUCACCACUCCUGCAGCCCCUGCCAAACACACACACUGGUCUGCUAGGAAGAACCCCCUGGGGGAUCCUGGUUGAACUUCGCACAGUGGCUUAGAAGUAGCAUGUAGGAGGUCCCUGAUUUAAAAAAAAAAAAAUCAGAGGAGUCACAUGAAUGAAACAAAAAGCUUGACAUGUCAGAAGGUGACAGUGUCCUAGGCAGAGCCCAACUCCUGGCAGCCCCAUCCCCUAAACCAGGCAGGGGCCAGUCCACAGGAGUUCAAACCAACCUUGCCGUUGUCGCCAGCCCACCCCGCCCAGGCCAGGCAGCAUCCUUCCUUCUCUCCCCUGUUGGGAACAGCCCUCCCGAGAUAGGUUCAGAGAAGGAUCAGAGAGAAGGACAACCACCCAGGGAAGCCACGAGACCCCCCCAAGCAGUGUCUCGAGCCACACCCCAGGGCAGGGCACCUCCAUCGACUCAGUAGUAUUAAACGGCAGUCCUGGGAUGCUACUGGGGGAAAUGAGCUCAGCACCAGGGUGUCGCUCUGGGCAGCUUCAGAUUGCAGCCCGCGGAGGGAUCACAGAGCUCAUCUCACGGACCUGACUCUUUACACACACGAGGACACUGACAUCCAGGGAGGGGUCACUCGGCUGGUAAAUCAGGGUGAGGGGAGGGCUGAACCUGGGCCUUCGGACUCCUGGGCCCCGGCUCUCCACCCCCUGCAGGUGCCUCCUUGGAAAUAGGGGUGUGGCUUCACAUGUGUCCUGCUGGUUCGCCCUCUGUACCUCCUCUCACUCCUCCCCACCCCCACCCCCACCUGCCUCCCCAAAAUGAAAGACACAGGAUUUUUCUGAGGCCGAGACCAGUCUGCUGCAGCCCGUGGCGAGGCCAGUGGUGCCAGGCAGACCCCGGGCCAGGAGAGUGAGCAGCGGACCGGUGUUUGUCACUGUGAAGUCUCGACUGUACUCUAGAGUGGCGUCUCUUGUUUCAUGACACUUGGGGCCCUCGGUCGUGGGGUCGUGGGGUGCCAAGCAGGGCAGCAGGGCCGCCGACGCUCUGUCAGCCCCAGGAGUUCGCUGGGCUGGAGUUCAGCACACCUAAAGAGUUCAGUGAAGCAAUAAACACAAAAAUCUGGGAGAAGAAAUCCAGAAUUUUGUGCCCUACACUGUUUUUUGUUUUGUUUUUCAAAAACGAUGCCGAUCGAUGACCCGCCCCUGUUCUUUUUCUCUGCUCCCCAUCCCCCGGUUGGUUGUCCUUGGUCAGUGUUGCCCCUGCCCAGCCCCCAGCUCUUUGCCAACCUCACUCUGCUCCUGGGCUGAGCAUCAGAGGCCAGAACCGUGGCCGCCUUCGCCCGGGGGCACCCCAGGACCUCUUGUCCCGCCUGCCCGGCACCCGCCCGCCCAGCCCCGCCGCCAGCGUGCGAAUGUUCCUUCCAGGGGAGAUUUUCUUUUUCCCAACGUCUCUGCCCACCCGCACACGCGCACACGCGCACACCCACAAAGCAGUCUGAUCUUUUUUCCAUCGGCUAAAGACUUAACUCUCCAUGGCAGGCCUCCUUUAACCCCUCUCACAUCGUGUUCUUUCCUCUUGGCGAGUUAUUUUGCAUUAACCGACACCGUCAGCGACAGACGCGUAUCUGGGGGGUCACGCAGGACCUUCAGCAGGGAAGACUUUCGGGCCGCGGAGGAUCAUCUAAUACGUGGACUUAUAAACUGACUGCAUGAGCAAUGAAAAGGCCAAAUUAUUCAGAAUUUUUUUUUUUGGAGUCACUGUAAAAAAAAAACAACAACAACAACAACACAAACACCACAAACUGAUUUCUUUUGUAUAGAGAACACUAAACGUAUAAUAAAAGUUGU